UAUGACGUUAUAUCAUGUGAUAUCGGUUAUUAUACCUCGUUUUUUAGCCGAAAUUAUGUAAUCAGCCGCAAUGACGCUUUUUAUCGUUUGAAUCGUUUAUUUCCCUCUCUCUCUUUCUCUCUCAAAUUUUUUUCUUUCGAUACUACUUUUUUUAUUUUUUUUUAACAUUUCACUCUUGAUUUAAAAAACUCCCUUCUUUUGAAUGAUGAAAUUUUUUUAAGUAAAUUUCUUAAAGGGGUAAACGUGUAUGGGAAUUAUCGAAUCAUUGUCAGAAUAUAAUAAAUACGGAAAAACAAAUUAUGAGUACAAAUAAUAAUACAAGUUCAAAUACGACUAUGACUACUUCGCAAGCUUCUCAAUCAUUUGACUCUACACCUACCAUUACUAAUACUUUCACUAAUAAUGUUGUUCCGGCUACAAGUUAUCUACAAUCACCAUUAACUUCGACUACACUCCCUACUACUUUAAUUAAUUUACCCAUGACAAGAUCAUACCCUUCUACAACAUUAUCAGCUCUUCAACAAGCAGAAGAUACUGAUCAACAUCUUAAAGAAGUUGUAGUACAUGAAGGUCAAAUAAUGUGGGCUUGUAAAUUCCCAAAAUGUUGGACAUUAUUCAAGUCACAGAAUAGUUUAAACAAUCAUAUCAGACGAUAUCACGCACAGACGAAUCAGGAUAACUCUUCUGGAAAUGAUACGUCAUCAUCAUCUUCUAGCAGUAAUAAAAAGAAAGAAAGGGCAACUCCUAUAUAUCAAUGUGACAUAACAGGAUGUGUCCGAUCAUUUUCAUUAUUAUCAAGUUUAGAAAAGCAUAAAGAAUCUCACGAAAAACAAAUUAUCAAUUUGCCUACUGUAGAUAAAGCUUUUAAAUGCACUGAAAUUGGUUGUACUAAGUCUUUUGAUAAAUUUAAACAUUUGGUCGCUCACUAUAGAAAACAUUCAAAAGAUAAAACUUUUAAUUGUAAUGAAAUUGGUUGUGAUAAAAAAUUUUUUCAUCCAGACAGCUUAUCUAGACAUAUGUUUAAAACUCAUAAAAAAAUGAGUGAUGGUACUGCCAUCAAAUUUAAAUGUAAAUAUGAAGAUUGUGGUAAAGAAUUUAAAUCUACUUACCAUUGGAAAAAACAUAAUAUGACUCAUCCUCAUCCUAACUUUGAAGGUAAGUUGAUGAAUUUGAAAUUGUAGUAUGUUGUGCAAAUUGUUAUUAAUAUAAAUACAUAUAUAAAUGUUUUCUUACAGAUGGAAUUGUUGAAGAUGAACAAAGAUCUUGAGAGAUUGUAGAAAAAUUGAUUGGGAAAGAAAAGUUAAGAAAGAUGAAAUCAGAAAUAUAUCUUAUUGUAUUUUUUCAGAGGUCUUAUUAAUAAUAUAUUUCUAUACAAUUGAACAAUUUAUUAUCUUUUUGAUAUAAUGAAAGGAUUUAAAUCGGACACUU